UCUCGGCCACCUGGCUUCCCGCUUUGUGAGGACCCGUCAGAAAUCCAACAUGGCGGCAGCCAUACGUGUGUGUUGUGCCCUCCGCAUCGUCGCUGGAGGUGCAGCUCCUCUCCGCGCGGUAUCGGGCGACCUCCAUGGAUCCCAUCUUCUCAGUCGAACGACCACCGCACUUCCUCUUGUGCCUGUUGCGUGUUGGCAACAAAGCAGACAUGGCAGCUUCUUCAACAAGCUGACGGCCGAAGACCUUUGGAAAGGCGUGUUGGCCGAGUCGGGGGCAGGUGCCAGGAAGGGCAGAGGGAAGCGAACCAAACGCAAGCUGAGGCGGGAUCUGAACCGAGGCCAGACCAUCGGAGAAGGUCAAGGAGGCUUCCUGUGGCCCGGUUUGAAUGUGCCCGUGUUAAAAAACGGCACCGUGCAGAGUAUGAGCCGCAGAGGCCAGGCUGAGCAGCAGGAAGUGCAGGCUGAACUAGUGCGUCAGCGUGAUGAGUGGGAGAGGAAGAGGAAGAUGAAGGUGAAGCGGGAACGAGGAUGGACGGGGAACUCGUGGGGCGGCGUCAGUCUUGGCCCCCCUGAUCCUGGACCUAAUGGAGAGACCUAUGAGGACUUCGACUCUCGGGUUAUCGAGGUGAAGAGCGUCUUCAACAUGACGGCAAAGGAGGGCAGGAAGCGAUCCAUCAGCUGCUUAGUUGCCGUGGGCAACGGCCAAGGCGCUGCAGGUUUCGCCUUGGGGAAGGCGGCUGACAGAAACACUGCAUUGAGGAAGGCUAAGAAUCGAGCCAUCCACUACUUGUACUACAUCGAAAGAUACAACAACCACACCAUUUAUAACGACAUCGAAUCCAAGUUUAAAAGGACGACGCUUCGUAUGAAGAAACAGAACGAAGGUUACGGCCUUCACUGUCACCGCGCCAUCAUCACGAUGUGCCGGCUGAUCGGCUUGAAGGACAUAUACUGUAAAGUGGAAGGUUCGGUCAACCUCCUCAACAUCACCAGGGCGCUCUUCUCCGGCCUGGCCAAACAGGAAACCCAUCAGAUGCUGGCGGACAAGAAGCAGCUCCACGUGGUGGAGUUCCGGCAGGAGCGCGGCCCGCUGCCCUUGGUGGUGGCGUCCCCCAAGGAGGGGCCUCGGACCCAACCGGAGCCCGAGGACGAGAUCCCAGACACGCGUCUACAUUGGGCCGACGUGCGCGCCUCCCAGGGAUUCAAACGCUCCAUCUGGGCGGGCGUCAAGCGCACCAUCUGGUAGAACUGCAAUUCAUGGGAAAAAGCUUGGGGAUUUUUUUUUGUAUUUAUUGUAGAAUAUGGUGAGAAUCACAAUUACACAUCACAAGCUGAUGUUCUUUCUUGUCUAUAUCUGUAUAUGACAUGUAUUAAAACAAAAUAGGAUUUGAAAAUGAA